GGAGGCGGGGCUUAAUGAAAGCAGUGUACCGUUGCAUGUUAUUUGACAGUCGGUGACGUUUGACGGGAGACCAUCAGCUCAGUGGCUGUUGAUGGACCCUCCUUAUGAAGAAGCAGGGUUACAAUGGGACAGAACACCUCGAAACAAGAGGUCCAAGGAGACACAGCCGAGGACGGGCUUGAUAACAUCAAGACGUUUGUGGAGGAGGAACUACAGACGAGCAUGAUGUUGGGGGUAUUGAUUGGCGCAGGCAUUGUCAUAGUUGUCAUUGCCAUCCUCAUAUUCUUCAUCUGGAGGAGGAUCAAGCUACGGAAUCUAGAGGCCCAGGAGGCGCCCAAAUACCGCUUCCGCAAGAGGGACAAAGUCUUGUUCUACGGGCGGAAGAUUAUGCGUCAAGUCUCCCAGUCUACCUCUUCCCUGGUGGGUACUUCCUCUUCCUCGAGGCCACGCCUCAAGAAGAAGCAGAAGAUGCUCAACAUUGCCAAAAAUAUCCUGCGCUUCAAGAAGGAGGUGCCCACUCUUCAGGCUAAGGAGCCCCCUCCCUCAGUGCUGGAAGCAGACCUCACAGAAUUUGAUGUGGCCAACUCACACCUCCCCUCUGAGGUGCUCUACAUGCUCAAAAAUGUCCGUGUGCUGGGUCACUUUGAGAAGCCCCUCUUCCUGGAGCUGUGUAAGCACAUGGUGUUUGUGCGGUUCCAACAAGGGGAGUAUGUGUUCAGGCCAGGCCAGCCUGACAGCAGCAUCUAUGUCGUGCAGGAUGGAAAACUUGAAUUGUGCCUUACUCAAACGGAUGGCAAAGAGAGUGUGGUGAAGGAGGUUUUCCCAGGUGACAGCGUCCACAGCCUCCUCAGCAUCCUGGAUGUCAUCACAGGCCAUCAGAGGCCUUACAAAACGGUGUCGGCACGGGCAGCAGAGGUUUCCACUGUUCUCCGAUUACCUGUCGAGGCCUUCCUUUCUAUAUUUGAGAAGUACCCUGAGAGCCUUGUGCGCGUAGUACAGAUUAUCAUGGUUCGUCUCCAAAGAGUAACUGUUCUAGCCCUGCACAACUAUCUGGGACUCACCAAUGAGCUCUUCAGCCAUGAAAUGCAGCCCUCACGGUUGCUGCCUCAGGCACCUCAUCCGUCUCGCACCAGUCCCAUCCGCCAUGGCAAGCGCUUUGGCAGCCUGACAGUCCCCGAGGAACAUCGAGACGCUGCUGUUAAGGGUGAAACUACAGGAGGAGAACAGGGGAAGGAUGGAGCAGCAGUGCCAACUCUUAGCAGGACUAUCUCUAUGCCAGUGGACAUUGCUGGUAUACAGAAAGGUGUGAGGUCUGACUUUGACAUGGCCUAUGAAAGAGGACGGAUCUCUCUCUCUGCAGAGGAUGGCAACACUCCUCCCACCUUUACUCGGUCUGUGUCCCAGGAGCAGAAGGAGAGGAAGGUGACAGUAGAUGAAGUUCCUUCAGGGAUCUACUUGUAUCCAGAAGAAGAGUCAGGAGUGGACAACAUUUUUACACCGUUAUCCAGUCGGUCCAGCUCCACUGCUGCUCUGUUUGAGGAAGCUCAGAAAGAAGUCCUCAAACUCAUGAGGAUUGAGGAUCCAUCUUUAUUAAAUGGAAGAGUGACUCUGCACCAUGCGAAAGCUGGAACUGUCUUAGCGAGACAGGGAGACCAGGAUGUGAGUCUGCACUUCGUUCUGUCUGGCUGUCUGCACGUCUACCAGCGGAUGAUCAGCAAACAGGAGGAUGUCUGCUUGUUUGUGACCCACGCGGGGGAGAUGGUGGGUCAACUCGCUGUGCUCACUGGAGAACCACUCAUUUUCACCAUCAAGGCCCUUCGAGACUGUACUUACCUCAAAAUCUCCAAGUCGGAUUUCUAUGAGAUUAUGAGGGAGCAGCCCAGUGUGGUGCUGAGUGCAGCCCACACAAUGGCCGUUCGCAUGUCUCCUUUUGUCAGGCAAAUGGACUUUGCCAUUGACUGGAUGGCUGUGGAGGCAGGCAGAGCCCUCUAUCGACAAGAUGACAAGUCAGACUGCACCUAUAUUGUUCUGAAUGGGCGUCUGCGUUCAGUCAUCCGCAAAGCAAAUGGCAAGAAAGAACUUGUUGGGGAAUAUGGCAGAGGAGACCUCAUUGGAGUGGUGGAGGCCUUGACCAAACAGCCAAGAGCCACCACUGUCCAUGCCGUGAGAGACACAGAGCUGGUCAAGCUGCCAGAGGGAACACUAAACAAUAUCAAAAGACGAUAUCCUCAAGUUGUGACACGGUUGAUCCACUUAUUAGGGCAAGAGAUUCUGAGGAACCUGCAACAGGGUCGUGGGCCAUUUUCAGGCUCAGCCUUGAGUCUGCCCAGUAUGACAGCAGGUACAGAUGUAACCAAUCCAGCCAGCAACCUCUCUACUGUGGCUGUGCUACCUGUAGGCGAGGUGCCCAUCAGUGCAUUCAACCUAGAGCUCAGCCAUGCCCUCCGUGCCAUUGGCCCCACUCUGCUUUUAACCAGUGACAUCAUAAGAGAACGUUUGGGGGCUUCUGCUUUGGACAGUAUCCACGAGUACCGUCUGUCCGGCUGGCUGGCCCAGCAGGAGGACAUCAAUCGAAUUGUCCUCUACCAGACUGACAACAGCAUGACCCCAUGGACUCAGCGCUGUAUUCGCCAGGCUGACUGCAUCCUCAUCGUUGGCCUGGGAGACCAGGAACCUACCCUGGGAGAGUUGGAGCAGAUGCUGGAGAACACAGCUGUGCGAGCUCUGAAGCAGCUAAUCCUUCUGCACAGAGAGGAUGGACCCAGCCCCUCCAGGACGGUCGAGUGGCUUAACAUGCGUAGCUGGUGCUCUGGCCAUCUUCACCUCAAGUGUCCUCGCAGGGUUUUCUCCAGGCGUAGCCCCAGCAAACUGAGGGAUGUAUAUGAAAAAGUGUUUGAGAAAACAGCAGACAGACACAGUGAUUUCUCUCGGCUGGCCCGGGUCCUGACUGGAAACAGCAUCGCCCUGGUGCUGGGAGGAGGUGGAGCGAGAGGCUGCUCUCAUGUGGGUGUGAUCAAAGCAAUGGAGGAAGCAGGGAUUCCUAUUGACAUCGUGGGUGGGACCUCAAUUGGCUCCUUCAUUGGUGCACUGUACGCUGAGGAGAGGAGUGCUGUCAGAACAAAACAGAGAGCUAGAGAGUGGGCCAAGGCAAUGAACUCUGUUUUUAAAACAGUCCUGGACCUGACCUAUCCCAUCACUUCCAUGUUCUCUGGCUCUGCCUUCAACACCAGCAUCUACAAGGUGUUUCAGGACAAGCAAGCUGAGGAUCUGUGGCUGCCAUAUUUUAACGUCACUACAGACAUCACAGCCUCAGCCAUGCGUGUUCAUCAGGAUGGCACUCUGUGGCGCUAUGUGCGGGCGAGCAUGACCCUCUCUGGGUACCUGCCGCCACUCUGUGACCCCAAAGAUGGCAACUUGCUAAUGGACGGUGGCUACAUCAACAACCUGCCAGCGGACAUUGCAAGGAACAUGGGUGCCAGAACCGUCAUUGCCAUCGAUGUCGGAAGCCAAGAUGAGACUGACCUCUGUAAUUAUGGCGACUGCUUGUCGGGCUGGUGGUUGCUGUGGAAACGGAUCAAUCCAUGGGCAGAGAAAGUAAAGGUACCAGACAUGGCGGAGAUCCAGUCUCGGCUGGCAUACGUGUCCUGUGUGCGGCAGUUAGAGGUGGUGAAGAAGAGCGCCUACUGCGAGUACAUCAGACCGCCCAUAGACCGCUUCAAGACCAUGGACUUUGGCAAGUUUGAUGAGAUCUACGAUGUGGGCUUCCAGCACGGCAAGUUGGUGUUCACUGGCUGGGCCCGAGGAGACAUCAUCAUGAACAUGCUGAAGGACCACCGUUCAGCCGAUUACAAUGACAGCAAGAGAACGGAUUCCUGCACCUGCUCGGGAGCCGACUUCACUGACCUCGCAGAGAUUGUAUCCAGGAUAGAUCCAGUCCAAAGCUAUGUCGCUGCAGAAGAGGAGUCAGACUGUCUGACAGAGUACGAGGAAGACGGGAUGGACACGGUGAGAGAGGAGGAGGAAGAGGAGGAGGAGGAGGAGGCAGAGGACACGGAGGACCACUCUCCUGGAGAGUGGGGGCAGAAUGGAAUCUUCCAGACUGACGAAGAGAAACCUUUGAGGCAACGCCGGAAACUCACCAGUGACACCUCUGAAGUCUCCGACUGCUGACACAGGGCCACUGACAACAGGCGGGAGUUUCAGCAAGAACACGGGACAAAUCAUGGCUCCAUAAAUAGUACGGGCUUGAGACGUUGCCCCCUGUGACGUCUGAUACUCUGAAAUACUACUAUUACGCUCCUCCUGGAGGGAUUCGUCGAGAGGCAUCACAUCGGUGUCACGCUGACUACAGCGCCAUGUCUCACCUGCGGCUCUUUCUGUGUGCGCGCGUCUCUCUGUGCUAACGGCUUUGUUGCACUCCGUCUCUUAACGUUGAAGACGUCUAACCUAGUCCGUUCAUUUUUUUUGUGUUGCUUGUUUGAAUGAGUGUGCGUCGGACUGAGAUGUGAGAUUGUAGCAGGACACUGAAAACAACAAGUUAGUUAGGUAAGUUUAGCAUGGAGAUUAGUUCAGUGUUGGGGUUUGUUAAUUUAGAACCGUUAGCAAGUCGGUGUUCACUGCUUUGGUCCAAGGAGAAAGUCAUGAUGACAAAGAACUGAUGUGAGAAGAAUACGAACACUUAAAAUGGUCACAAUCAAAGUCAUCACUUUUUUUUUUCGCACGUGUCCAGGAGUGGACUUCUCUGACCUCAGGAUAGAUUAUUGAGACGGAUGUGUUCAUCAAUGCUGCGGAAAGAUUCGGAACGUUGUCUACCAGUGAGCCAUCAAACGCUCCAGUAACUCGAUUUAAAAUCCAUGCACAGCACAGUAGGGUGAACCCGGUUAAACUGCACGGCACAUGAGACGAGAUGAGAGGGAGUGGAUGAGACGUGUGCGCUUCAUGUGUUUGUGUUUUAACUCUUUGUUUGAAACGAUAAAAAAGACGAUGCCUUUUUUUAUUUAACCGGCGAUCAUUCGGCUGAAGUUACACACGGAAAACAGUGCGUGACCCCUUUCUGCUUGCACACAGUUCUCACUUACAGUACUUCAGAGCUUCUGCGUAUAACUCAACAAUUAUUACAACAACAACAAAAACAAAUCACAGACUGUUUGUUAUUUUAGUGGAUGCACAGAAAACUUCUACUGGACUGAAAUCACACCUCAUGUAAUUAUGAAUAAUUAAAAGGGACCUAAUGUAAAAAGUGUAACAAGCCCCAGUUAUAAUAUAAUAUAAACAGUGUUGAUAUUCUUGUAUGUAUAUGAGGUGGUUUUUUUUAAAUUUAUUUAAUGUUAACUACUGGCUUUUAAUAGAUAGU